GUUGAAAUGACAUCAUUGGGUGCAUAAUAAAAACCAUUCCGCAAACAACGCAAUAUUCAGUCUGUUGUCGAUCGCAAAGUAAAUCAAAUCGAAAAAAUGGCACAAACUGAAAAGUCUUGUAUUCUGGCGAUUGAUGUUAGUGGUUCAGUGUUGGGCCAUGAAUUCUAUUGGAACAAUGUGAACGAAUUACUGCAACAAGUGUUGAGCAAAGUUUAUUCAAGUUUAAAAAUAAUUGCAUGGAGUUCGAAUUUCAAAGACAUUGAACUUGAAGCGCUUCGCGAGUGUAUCAGUAGCCGUGGUCGGACUUAUGGUGGUGGAACAUAUCCAGACGUAAUAUGGAAACAUCUUCUCACAGUGAAUCCAUCGAAUUAUGAUUUAUAUUUGACAACCGAUGGUGAAAUUUACGAUGGCUGCUACGAUAGCUAUGUCAAUUUGUACAACAGUUUAAACCAUAAGCCGAUUGAAAUUUUUAUGUUUUACAUUGGGCGAUUGCAUUCAAUGAAUAUGCGAUUUUUGGAUUGCUUUGCAAAUGUUACAUAUGUUAUCAAUGGAUUUGAUACAAACGAAGAAAUCGUGACGUACACAUCGACCAAAGUGGUUAAAGAGAAUUUAUUGAAACAAUUAUGUGAACUGGACGAAUUCAAACAAAUCGACAAUAAUACGGCCGAUAAUCUACUCGAAGCUCUGCAAGAACUAUACAAAGUGUUGUAUCGCAAAAUUAUCGAAUACAGUGAACACGAACUAAGUGGUCCGAUUGGUGUGGAAUUUAAGAAAUUCGUGGAUCUUGUUAAUAAAAUCGUGCAUCAGAAAUAUAUUGAUGUUAAAACAAAAGACGAUGCCGAUCGAUUUGAUGAGUUGUUUGACGAUUAUAAGGCGAAUUCCAAGGAAAUUUUCGACAUUUUUGUGAAGCGAUUUUUGGCCGCCAUGACCGUUGAUUACCGAAAGGUGUUGAGCCAAAUCAUUGAACUGGGCAACGGGCAGUCGAAAGUGGAUCGCCGUUUGAUGGCUUAUGGAGAAAAUUGGUAUGAACGUGUUAGAAAUGAAAUGAAACCAGUUGUCAAUGAUGGAGAUGAUGAUGAGGCCUCGGACGUCAAUAAUGAGAAUGAACAAAACGAAGAUGGAGCCGUAGAGAUCGGUAAUGAUGAUGGUAAAAACAGCGAUUCAAAUACAUCGUGUCCUAUUUUAUUGGUGGACUCAUCGGAGUAUGACAAAUUUUGCGUGCUUUGGAUUGGGAUUGAUGACUCAUUUGGUGGGAAUAAGUGUGAAAAACUGCUGGAUAUUGAAAUGCGACGUAAACUAGCUAAAAACUCAAUACGACUGUUUGAAUAUUUGCCAGCCGAUGAAUUGAAUCGACGAAUCCCACCUGCGAACCAACACAUUUCCAUCGAUGCUUUCGUUGGUUUGGAGUCGAUCCAACUGAAUACGAUCGGUAAUAAAAGAUUUAAACGCAUUUAUAAAUCACCAUUGCAUCAAGUGUCGUGCUUUGGAAUCGUUCUAUACAACACUGACAGCAAGGCAAAUUUGCCAGCCACGACAAUGACACAAAAUGAAAUGAAUAUUUUUACCCACAAUUACGCAACGAUUACACAGCUGUUGUUUGGUGAUUCAAAAUUUGUCGGCUCAUUUCCACUGUUGUACACAUUUUUCUUGCAAAUCCUAAAACAAUGCCCGCAACUGGAUCAAUACAUAAAAACCUGCAUUGAUGAAACGAUAAAACGAUCGUCGGCGAUUUUAAAAUGUCCAUUUAUGCUUCAAUCGGGGCUUGAACCGAAUUUUAAGGCGACCGUUAAGAAUUCCGUCAUUUUUCACACUGAUAUCUAACCCAAUGAAAUCGAUAAGAUGACGGAAUCGGUUAUUGGGAUUCAUGCAUUGAAUAUUCCACGGAAAUGUAUACAAUAUUGUUCGAAUCUCUUGGCAUUGGCUCGGGACAAUUUUGGUGUGAUCUACAGUGAGGAAUAUGAAAAGUGUUUGAAAUUAUGGCGAUUUUGGAAUUAUAUGCUGUGCAUCACGAACAUGACACAAGAUCAAAAAAUGUUGCAUUUCAAACAAAUCGCACUGACGAAAAUUCAAAAUUGGCUACCAAUCGAUUGCCAACACGUGAAAAUUAUGUUCAUACCAGGACGCAGUGAUAAAACAUACUUGGAUUAUUUGAACGAUUUCGAUUACGAGGACAUUGUGAAAUUGAUAAUUUUAUUCGAAAAAUCCGGUACAAAGCGACUCACUGCGAACAUUUCCACAAAACAUAUUCAACUUGAAACAUCGGGUCAAUGGUAUAAUAUUCGAACCAUUGAACGAAUGGAUGUGAUUUGUUGUAAUGUGGUUGAAAUGGAAUUUUGUAAGCCACGUUGUGGUUUCCCAAUUAUUUGCCCAAGAACGAAAUUGUCAGCAUUGGAAUGCUAUGAAAAUCAAAAGUUUAACUUAUGCGAGUAUGGUUAUCCGGAAAAUAGCGCCACAUUGUACGCCCAUAGCUAUGUACAAAAAUGUAAAAUAUUUAUUUUGUCAAAAACCGGCGAGGAUAAAGUCAUGCAAAUCCCUACAAUGGAUGAACUCAAAAGGUAUAUAGUUAGAAAGACCCCACUGGCCGUUUAUCAUUUCAAUUUUGACAGUAUUUUGGAAGGAAUUUUGAGCAAAUAUCGAUCAUGGUAUGAGUGGUAUGAAAACGCUGAUGAAAAUGAAAAGUCCAAAUAUCUAUGGAUCGAUCGAGAUUGGAAGAGAAUUCUAUCCACCAAAGCCAACUAUGAUGAUCGCCUGGGUGAUUGCGACUGUGAAGCACAUCGGUGAAUUCAAGGCGUGGAAAAAUAAGCGAUUAUGAAUGAGCAAUAUUCUCAUGCGUUCAUAUGUAUGUACCUAUUAGGUAAUGCCUGAUCUGUAUUUCGAACAAGUGUUGAAAAUUAUAAAUGAAACAAAAAAUAAUCCUGAUUUUAGAACCAAAAAGUAAGAUUAAUACCAUUCUAAAUAUGUCCAAUUUUAUAUUUUACUUUAAAAAAUUUCAUAAUUUCCAAUUUUUCUAGAAAUUUAAGUUUUUAUUGUAUUUUCAUUACUUUUUAUUAAAUUUUUCAUGAAAUUCUCUUCAAAGAGAUGUUUUUUUAAUCAAUUUUUUUUAUCAUUUUCCCCUACACUUCGGGUGAUAUUUUUAAUUACACAUAUUUCCAAUUUUUUUUUCCUCUGAUCAAAACAACGUAAGAAAAAAAUGUAACAUUUCAUGAAAAAAUGAAUUGUAUUGAAUAAAAUAAAACCAAUUUACGAACAAAA